AUGAUUGGAGGUGCGGGACUUGCUCCCAAUUCCGCGCCGACCGAAGAAUUACGAAAGUCCAGCUACAAGAACGGAUUGGGAGGAGUUGAGGCAGAUGAUUCACAGAUCAUUGGAGCAGCUUUUCUUGACUUGCAGUAUGCCGUUCUAAAUGGGAGAGUGCCACGUCCUCUCCUGCCUGGUUCAUCUCCAUCGCGCUGGUCAGAGUGA